AUGAAUCUUUCCGAGAACGUUGCUCUUUUACAGUGUCUCGAUUUAAAACGGCAACUUGGGGAUAAUGAAGAAAAGAUUCUGAAACAAGUAUCAGAGAGUCCGUUUUUGCUAGAGCCUCUGAACACAGAAGAAUUAAAAAGGAUUUAUCAUCAGACUUUUACAGAUUCGGAAACCGGAGGGAAGACUGAUGAUGAAACAAAGUUGGACAAGCGAUCGCAACUACGACAGGACGUUAUGAAUGAUCUAUUCAAUGAGCUAAAUAAUUGUGUGAAAUCUUAUGAUGCAAUUCUUGAGCAACAGGCGGAAGAGAAAUCGAAAAUCAAAGAAAAGGAAGAAAAAGCCGUACAAGAAACAACAACUGUCACAGAUUCAGUUUCCAAAAACUUACGGUCGAAAAGAAAAUCAUCGGAACCGUUACCUGAAGAACCAACGUUAUCUAAUGCUCCGGAUAUAACUGCUGCUGCUUCUGUUCCUGUAGCUACAGGAGCAACAACUCGGGCCGCCAGUAGACGACAAACUUCGCAGGACGAAGAAAAGACCAAUCUCAAAAAGUUCCAAAAUGUGAUCCUUCCCGUUUUGGAUAAUAUCUCCAAUCAUCGGUAUGGGGCGCCUUUUAGCCAUCCCGUCAACCGGAAAGAGGCUCAAGACUAUGAUUCGCUAAUUUUCCACCCUCAGGAUUUGAGGACUAUUAAAAAUAUGGUUCGUGAAGGCAAUCUUACUACUAUAGAAGAAGUUUACCGAGAAGUUUUGCGCGUAUUUGCAAACUGUAAAAUGUACAACGGGGGGGAUCCAAGCAGUGCAAUGUCUAUUUGGGGAGAUGAGUGUUUUCGAUUCUCAGGAGAAUUAUUUGAGAUGUUUAAGCAAGCAAGUAUCAAGCGAUGA